GGAGAGUCUUCCUCCCUCUGAGAGAGUUCGCUUCUCCUGGGGAUUAGAGGCUCAGUAUUUGUGCUCCUCAGCUUGAUCCUUGGUUUGGGCUUCCAUGACUGACUUUCUAGGUCAUGCGUUGCCUGGAGUGUAUUUCUUUUUCUUGGGGGUCUACUAUGCUAUUCAGGCAUCUUUGGCCCUCCUGAGGGGGCAGCAGUUCCUGACUCCCCCACUUCCUCCAAGGGAUAAGAGGCCAAAGGGCUGGCUACAGAAGCUCCAGAAUGGUGGGUUGGUGAAGGUUGUUUUCUCGAUCGGUGGCUUCCUAGGAGCUUUCUUCUAUCCAUUAGGAUCAAACCGAUUGGUCUUUAUUGAUUGGAAAGACCCUGAGAGGCCAUUCUUGAAUCACAUCUCAUGGCAUCAUGGGACCAUGUAUGUCCUACUUCUCAUCAAUGGACUGGUGGACAUAGUGAGUCAGUGCUGCCUGGCCAGGCAGCAGAUGAAGCUGGAGCGGGCUGCCUUUGCCUUUGCCAUCCAAGGAACCAUACUGCUCUUCAUCUUCCACAUUCAAGGAAGGAAUGCCCUGCAAGUCCGUGGUCAUAUCUUGUUGCUGAUUCCCCUGAUUUUGAUUGCUCUGAUUCUGCUCUCUGAACUCUGGUUCCCUGAUGAUCCUGUGUUUUGGAUCUCCAAGGCAUGGAUGUUUCUCACACUUGGUUCAUGGUUUCCACAUCUGGGGAGCAUCCUCUAUUUGCCGGUUACUGGCCAACCUUGGAGGGCAGAUAAACAUGAAGAUGUCAUGUUCCUCCCCAUCUUCUUCUCCUGGCACCUGAUCCUGGAUGCUCUGCUGAUUGCUGGCAUCUAUGGACUCUGUAGCUUCCGGCACCAUCGGUACCUUUCUCACCAGGGAGCAAAGGGCGCUGGGUACCAGCUAUGCUCCACAGAUAUCAGCACUGAAGAGGUAAAGACGCUCAUGGUUUAGUCACAUCAGAAGGAUGGCAGAAUCUAAGAUAAGAGAUAGCUAUGUUUUGUGCCAUUUCUUAAUUAUGCAAUGAGUAGUCCUAGAAUAUUUCCUUGGUGCAGAGCAUGGCACAUUAUCUUUCUCCUGCCAGAAAGGAUGGUUUUUCUUCUUCAAUAAAAAGAACAGUCCUGUUCAAAGCCUCUUGCCCUGUCUGUUU